UCCCUUUGUUCCAAUGACUUCCAAUGGUACCAGUAGUAGCCAAGCCAUAACAAUCCGAAGCAGGCAGUGAAAGCACAACUUCUUUUCCCAGGAGAAUCACAAUCUCCGUCUUGCCCUCACAAUCUCGCCUUCUUUACAAGCAGCCCAGCCAACACCAUAUCACUAAAAGCUUGCUAGACUCGGCUCGGAAACAAACCACCACGAUGAUGGCAGACUUUGAUAUCAACGAAAUAAUUGCCUUCAACACCAACGCGGCUUGUCUCAUGGUCCAGGGAGACGAAAACAAAGCCCAGCAGGCUUUGAGGGAAACGCUUGAUGCCCUCGUGGGCUUGCUGGGAUCGCUGCAGGAAGAAGCCAACGAGAUGGAUUUGGAGGAGAUGAUGAUGAUGGCUGUGGACGAUGAAGCAUCGCACCAACAAACUCUUCGUUUCCUCUCAGUCCAACAGCUGCAAAAGCAUGGCGAGGAGGACAGUCCAUCCCGUACCCCGCAAGGAGGUGUCUUGGAGUUGUUCCGCAAGGUCGUCCAUGUGCAUUGCCCCACUCCCCCUGUGGAGGCUGAAGGGAUUCCCUGGAAUUCCCAGAUUGAGCUGGCCGUAUCGGUUUUGUACAACGCCGGGCUAUUCUUCCACAUGAAGGCAGUCAACAUCGGCAAGGAAGUGUUCCUUCAGAAGAGUAUCAAGUACUACACCGUGGCCUACGAGAUGAUAACUUUGUGGAGGUAUCACGAGAGUGACAUGAACCUGUUGCUGGCUAUUGCAAUCCUCAAUAACCUUGCGCACGCUCAUUUCAUGCUUGGCAACAUGUCGCAUUCGUUUGAGAUCUUUCAAGAAGUGAAGAACGUCUUCCUGGUAGCCAUGACCUCACCUAACGCACAAGUCCAGGCUUGGGAUGCGGAUGUCGUGGAUUUUGCCAUCUUGACUCUCUCCGUUGCUUCCCCCAACAGUUUUGCCAUUGCUUCUGCCGCUUGAACAAGCAAGAAGAAAGCCGUGCAGCACGGUGCACACACUGCCAUAACUUGAAGACCAGCAGUCUGAACCACCAAUUGAUUCCGUAUUCCGUACAUCCAUCCAUCCAUGUCAAGCUAACCAAAAGCAACAGCCAAGUCAGCCAAGAGUGCAAGUCGCUCCCUGAGUUGGUUUCGCUUCUGCAUUCUUCAUAUGCUGGCUAUCUCGCUACAAGCAAUACAUAUAUAGGAAAAGAAAGAUACUUGCUUGCGGUACUAGUAAUAUCAAUUCAUAACGUUGUACGUUGUACAUAAGAUCAAUGAUAAAAGCUACCAAACCAACUUGGUU